AUGAGCGUUCGUUUACCGUUGAUCGACACCAACGUGACCAGCGUUACCAUCGUAGAAAACUUCACCCUCGUCAACAAUAAGAACAACCAAAAAGACAAUGAACGAAGGACCGCGCUGAGCGGCCCGGCACCGAAGGGCGAUCCCGGCACCGCACAGGUGUUCGGGGAAUGGCCUGCCGAGCAUCCGCUCCCGCUGCCCGAGUGGGGUGAGCGCAGCGCGCCCGUGCUGCGCAUACCCGACGGCCGCAGCUUCCGCCGUCUGGAGGAGGAUGUGGAAGCGGCGCUUGGCAAGGUGCUCGCCACCAACAACUACAACACCAUUGGCAACUACAUCGCGCUAUACAAGGGCUUCAAGGCGAGCAAAUGUUUGAAUCUCUUUGACUACUUUCAAAUGUAUACCCCACCUAUAACACCAGCACAUCAUACCUGCGUGGGGUUGGCACUCGAAUUGUGGCGGAACAUCGCUAAAAAUGAACCUGCGAUGGGAGAGUAUUUCUAUCUGGUAUCUUGCGAGGAGAGCAUUGGGGCAUUUGAAGAAUACGCCGGUUUGCAGAAGGAAAUCAACGAGACCAAGAAUAUCCUAGAGAAAGAACACGUUCUCUUGGCGAUGCGGUUCGACCUUGGUGGUCGUGAUGGUAUCAUGCUAUGCGAUCCCGGUUAUCAUGUUGGCAGAGCCAUCAUUGCAAUGAAGGACGAGCUUGCCCCGCAUACUGGAUGGUUCAUACAGAGCAAGGAACCCCAUUUGGAGAAGCAGUUCAACUACGAGUAUUCUAAAACCAAUGAUGAUUUCGUUCAGUGGUCUGAGCGGGUCACCCGUAACAAGGCUAUGGUCGAAGAAGUUCAUUCGUUGGUCUACAUCCGCAAACCCUAUCUGACAGCCGUAGAUGUCACGGAGCGCAGAAAUCUGGUUUACAGUUUUCGAAGUCUGCUAUCCCGAGACCGGAGUGGUACCCUCAUUGCAGGCAUUUUCUUCAAAGUCACCGAACAUAACGACGAGUUUCUUCUAUUCUAUCAGGAUGAGGGAAAGAAACGUAUAAAGCUGAACUUUUCGGAAUUUGCUAAUCUACACCACAUCAAUGAGCAAAUAAAGCCCAUCAUAGAAAAAUGCAAUGAUCAGCUGAACUUUGCACCAGGACAACUUUUGUCCACUCUCUACGUCCUCUACGGAAUUGCCAACGACAAGCGCUAUGUGCAGCAACUGCUAGACAUAAACACCUGCAUCAAUGAUAUAUCUGAAGACUAGCAUAAGGCGAAAGUGGGUAUUAAAACCCACACCCAGGAAUCUACUCUAAUAUACAGGAUUUGGGAGUUUCCACAAGAGGAUCACCAUUAUAUAUUUAGUUUAUUAUUGGUGGCAGUACUAUAUUGCUUGAUUCGCUUUUACGAUUUAGUAUUUAGAAACGCGCGAAGACGUGUGUCAUAGACACGUUGAAUAUCAGUUUAAAUUUGCACAUUUUGCUUCCUUGUUCAAAAUUAUUGUUGCACCAUAUGAAUAUUCUAAUCUAAAUUAAGGUCAAUUAUUGCAUUUGGGUUUUAAAUCUUUUUUUUUCUUCAAAUUAAUGGUUAUCAUUGUGUUGUUUGUAAUUACUUUAAUAACAACUUCUUCUAAGUUGUACUUAUUCACGUUGUAUUUGUGUUAAUAAAUAUCUAUUAGCCUCA